AUGGGCAUCGAUUUGAGCACCAUAUUUCCUGGAAUUGCUGGGCUGCGGAAAGCUCACGGGGAUACGUUACUCUCCCACGCUGCCAAUUACAUCAAAGGAGUGGCGCCUUUUGUUGAACAAGAAUGGCUUGACGAAGUCGCCCAAUCGUCGCCUGAUUCAGUUGUUGCUGCCAACCUUCUAGCGGAAGUGUCUGGAUCCGGAGAGACCAGAGAGAUAGAGAGACUCGGCCCACCCCCAGACAGCUGGUGGGUGAAGCUCUCAGCAACCAGAGCUAGCCCCAGAGCGCCUCCAAAGCGUGGAGAAGCCACAAACACCGCGGAGAAAAAGCCCACAAAGCCUGUUUCAAAAAUGGACACGGACACAGACAACGAUAAUCUCGACGAUGACGAUGAGUUUGAGCGACAAGAAACACCACCCAGGCUCAAAAAAGCCAAGGAACCUGAACGACAAUCACCCGCUACCACCGCUACCACCACUGGAACCGACGGUGAGACAGAUCAUGAACAUGGACCCACGAAACGAAGAUCAUCCUCGACACAGAAGCCUCCAGCAAAGAAAUCAAAAGGACUGGGUAUCAUAGGCGGUAAAAAGAAGAUCAAGGAGAAGUCUCCAACACCGCCACCGCCCUCUCCACCACGAGAUCUCGCAUCCCAUGAGCACCACGAGGCAACGGACUCGGGUACCGACCACGAUGCUCAGCCCUCACCAUCUCCUGCUCGAACACCAACCACUCCCAAACCCAGCGCAAGUACAACCACUGCCCCGAAACCGCGCGGGCUAGGCGUCAUCGGAGGCAAGAAGAAAGAACCACCACAACAACAAAUUCCUCGGCCUUCCCUCUCCCCGGAAUCGCAAGAAGCCGUCGCCGCAGAGCCCAAGCAAAAAGGAGCUGGCAAGCUGGGUAUGAUCGGAGGUAAAGCCCGCAAGACCACUGAGGUUCCCCCAGCUGCCUCCUCCCAGACUCGGGCCGAGACCGCGACACCGCCGCCUCCAGCAAAGUUCGAGAGCGACGAGGUUUCCCGACGAGUUGCUUUAAAGCGAUCCCCUUCGCCAGUGAAACCACCGCCACAGGAGACGGAGCAGGAGCGCGCUGACCGCAAACGAGAGGAACUGAAAAGGCAGCUUGAGGCGAAGAGCAAGGCUCCGGCGAAGAAGAAAAGAAGAUUCUAA